AUUCGUUACAUAGAUCGGCAGACCGAUCAUAUCCUCCUGAAAGUAUAUAAUUCUAAUUGCAGCGGCAUAAGUCUUCAUUAUUAUAAGAGAGUUUUUGGGGAGAUGAUCCAGAUCUAACGGAGAUCGCGAGCAAAUCAAAAAAAGUCCAAAAAAUGGAUUUACUUACCUCAAUUUUCGAAGAUAAACCGAAAAAAAAUCGAUCUUCAGGUAAGAGUAGAGAUAAAGGUGGAACGGAAGUCGUUAAAAAGAAAAAAACGGUCAAAUCGAAUGCGUCAGAUAAGAAGCCGAAACCAAUUCUUAAAAAUAAUACGGUUAUUAAUGGUGAUAAAGACAAUGGUGCUAAAAAUGUUGUACGACAUACGAGUUUUGAUAAUAGUGUUAAAACAAGAGAGAAAGAAGUUGAAAAUGGUUUUAAGCAGAACGAUUCAAGAAAACGUUCGGAAUCAAUCAGAAAGGAAGAAGUUGUGGAAAAUGAAAUUAAAGCUGAACCUAGUUUGAUUACGAAUAAUGAUUCUCCGGGUGAUAGUUAUAUUAAUUUUGUUGAAGAUUCCUUUGAAAAUUCAUUUGAAACUUGUUUGGAAGUAUACAAUGACUGCAUUUUUGAUGAAAAAGAUGCCGCAUUUGGACGGGAAUCUUUCACGAGUUUAGACCAGGAUUUUUUCGUGGAAGCCUAUAAUAAAGAAGGUUCAGAACUAGUUGAAACUUGGAUACAAUUAUCGUUUAAUGAACAAGAAUCUGAUGAAUCUUUCCCACAAACGUUUGAGGAAAUCAUUUUUGUAUCAGAUGACGAACGCGAUGAUUUUUUUGAAGCUUACAAUUCGCGGGAGUUUCAGUUACGAAAAGUUAGAUCCAGAGAUAUAGCUAAAUAUGGACCACAACAUCACAAAGAAAACAAAUUAGAACCUGAAAAAGUUAUCAAGCGAGAAUUAAAAAAUCAAAAUAGUAUGGAAGCGGAAAAUAUCGAGGAAAAAUCUAUACUAGGAUUAAUUAACACACCAGGUGGUUCGCAUAUCAGCGAUAGAAGUAGUGUUCAAAGAUCUACUUCAGGGGUUUCUUCCAGAAGUAGCUUCAUGUUUAACUCUGUAAGCCGAAAUAAUAGUACCAGCAGUAGAGGAUCGUAUUCUUGUAGUAUUACAAAUGAUUUUAUUGAAGAAGAUGAGAAAGAUUUUCCUAAAUUAAAAAUACCUUUUAAAAUUCAUUCAAAGGCUGAUAUGAUUAUUCAAGAAUUUUUAGAGACUGAGUACACUUACAUUGAAAAUUUAACAAUAAUAAAGAACGAUUACAUCAAAUAUUUUAAAAAAAUUAAUUUAGACGCAAGUCGAAUGUUUGGAAAUAUUGAAGAGAUUUUAGAAGAAACUAAAAAUUUCUACUGUUCUUUACAUCUAUGUGCAAAUGAUUGCGAAUACAUUGCAAAAACUAUUGAAGAUUACCGCUAUUUAUUUGAAUUGUACCCAAUAUAUUCUUUAAAUAAACUUAAAGCAGAUAAUCUCGUUCAAAAAAGAUUCAAGCCAAUCCUACAAGAACGUCAAAAAAUUCUUGGGCACAAAUUAGAUUUAGCGAGUUACCUCCUAAAUCCCGUACAAAGAUUGGGUCGUUAUAUUUUAUUGUUACAAAAUUUACAAAAAAGUAUUCGAAAACCUGAAUGUUUGGAUAAUGCGAUAAAAUUACUUGAGAAAGCGAUGAAAAGAGGUAACGAUUAUGUUGCGAUUGCUUCAAUUUCCCAGUGUACAAUCGAUUUGUAUAAGAAAGGCACUUACAUUGAUCGAGAAAAAUUUACUCUUUUAAAACCAAAAAGAGAAGAAAUUGUUGUGUUUCUAUUCGAAAAUACCAUUGUUCUGACAUUGCCACAACAAAACACUGAGAAUUUCGUUUAUAAAAGCAGUAUUGAUUUGGAUGAUUUACAAAUUAUUCAUAGUGAAGGUGAUAAGCAAGUUUUUCAGCUGAAAAAUUAUACUAAAUCUAAGAAAGGUAAUCAAGAAUUGAGUUAUACUUUGGAAGGUAGAAGUGAUAAAUUAACGGAAACUUGGGUUCAGCUGAUUCAAAGUAAACUUUGGGAACAAUUACAACAAGUUAAAGCUUCAAGUAAAACUUAUAAAUUGCCAGAAUGUAAUGGAAAUAAAAAGAUUUUUAGUUCAAAUUCGGUUAAAAAUGAUAGUGGAAGUGGAAGUCAUUCAAAAAUGGGACGAGCAAGUAGUGAUCGGAAUAAAUCUAAAGCAAAAACUAAAUUUUAUGUAGAAGAAACUAUAAAUGGUUAUGAAACGUUGUAAUUAAUU